AUAUACGCGCUAAAUACAAUGUGGACAAACAGACAGCUCCCUGCUCCGUCGUCCGCUCCAAACAGAACUUCACCUUCUUCUUCUCUUUCCCCUUCUUUCAUUUAUUUUCAUUAACUUUCUGAUUCGAUUCCAUUAACAACGCCCCCCAUUUUUACGUUCUCUCUCAUUUUCUCACAAUACCCACAUCCCCAUUUUGUUUGUUCUUUCUUCAUCCAAUUUCAUUCCUCUCCCCCACUCCCAUUCAAUUCCUGUUACUUCUUUGCGAUCAAAGCCGUUCAGUUACCUCGACGUGAUUUUAUACCACAGCUCCAUCUGUAAAGUGGACUCAUUGAGUUACUGUCCCACAAUAUUACGAAAGAUAGAGCAAAUUCCCAAAUGCUCAGUUUUGGUAGGACGAGAAAUCAAUCAAGGUUCGGGAGAUCUGUGUCAUUUGGAGGUAUGGAUUAUCCUGAUCCCAAACGGAAGAACAAUUUUUUAGGAAAGAUCGUCUUGGCUGCUUCACUUACCGCGAUUUGUAUUAUUAUGCUCAAGCAAUCCCCAAAUUUUAGCACCCCAACCCCGUUUGCAAGUCAUCAACUAGGAGUUACUCAUGUUCUAGUAACAGGAGGUGCAGGAUACAUUGGCUCGCAUGCUGCACUUCGAUUAUUAAAGGACUCAUACCGUGUAACAAUAGUAGACAACCUAUCACGAGGAAAUCUGGGUGCUGUGAAGGUUUUGCAAGAAUUGUUUCCAGAAUAUGGAAGGCUUCAGUUCAUCUAUGCUGACUUGGGAGAUGCAAAAUCCGUUAACAAAAUAUUUUCAGAGAACGCUUUUGAUGCCGUCAUGCAUUUUGCAGCGGUAGCAUAUGUUGGGGAGAGCACCCUUGAUCCCCUGAAGUAUUAUCACAAUAUUACUUCAAAUACCUUGACAGUAUUAGAAUCAAUGGCAGCACAUGGUGUGAAGACAUUGAUUUAUUCUAGUACAUGUGCUACAUAUGGAGAGCCAGAAAAAAUGCCCAUCACUGAAGAAACUCCUCAGGCCCCAAUUAAUCCUUAUGGAAAAGCCAAGAAGAUGGCAGAAGAAAUUAUCCUCGACUUUUCAAAAAAUUCAAAGAUGGCAGUAAUGAUCCUAAGAUACUUCAAUGUGAUUGGUUCUGAUCCAGAGGGCAGACUUGGGGAAGCUCCUAGACCUGAGCUUCGUGAGCACGGUCGCAUUUCGGGUGCUUGUUUUGAUGCUGCCCGUGGCAUUAUUUCUGGGCUUAAGGUCAAAGGCACAGAUUACAAAACACAUGAUGGGACUUGCAUACGGGAUUAUAUCGACGUAACUGAUCUCGUUGAUGCUCAUGUUAAAGCCCUGGAGAAGGCAACCCCUGGAAAAGUCGGAAUCUACAAUGUUGGAACAGGAAAAGGUCGAUCAGUGAAGGAGUUCGUGGAGGCGUGCAAGAAGGCAACUGGGGUGGACAUCAAAGUCGACUAUCUCCCUCGUCGACCAGGUGACUACGCCGAAGUAUUUAGCAACCCCACUAAGAUCAAGAACGAACUGAACUGGACAGCACAACACACCGAUCUUCAAGAAAGUUUAAGUGUUGCUUGGAGGUGGCAAAAAUCCCAUCUGAAUGGCUAUGGAAAUUCUUUGGUUAUGUCUUCUUGAAGAACACUGAUGAUGAUGGAAGCUAAUAGCAGAAAGACUGAAAAAGAGGAGGAGGGAGCAUCUACUGACUUUGAGGAUUUACUUAUUUGCUCACAUACAAGUAGGAGAAAAUACCAUAUUACUCUCUACAUUUUUGUAGUCUAUUUUACAAUAUUGUUUGUUGGUAUAGGUAGAGCCAUCCCAUUUGUUAUUAUUAUUAUUAUUAUCAUCAUUGUCAUUGUUAUUGUUAUUAUUAUUAUGUAUUGGAUAUGAUUGGUUAUUAAUAAUGAUUAAUGAAUGCAUCAUAGAGGGUAGAGCAUCUUGGAUCAUUGUCUUCA